AUGGUGAAUCCCGACCAGAACACGAGUGGAAUGCCUGCGCCGUACGGACGGGCUUGCACUAACUGCGUCCGCGCUAAGUGCAAGUGCAUGCUUGCCGCCGAGAGCGAAAAGUGCGAAAGAUGUCUCCGCCUGAACAAGGACUGCAAAACAUCAGAGUCAAAUCGAAAGCGCAAGCGCUCAGCAUCAUCAAAGACACAGCAUCUUGAAGCCAAGCUCGAUAGUAUAGUCUCAAUGCUACAGGCCAACGGCGCAAACGCCGGCCUUCCAGUCGACUGGGAAGCUGCGGCUCAUGCUCAUGCUCUUCGGCAGGCUCCACGCGAUGUCUCCAGCCAGAUUGGAUCUUCCGUUGCUCGAACACCGGCUAGUACUGUUUCGCCAUCGACGACUGAGCAUGGAGGCUCGGCUGUCUAUGAUGAUAUCUCUUCGGCGAUGUCUAUUUCGCCUGCCGCGGCUCAAGAGAAUCUUGACAACUUUCGCAAUCAGAAUCUUCAGUACCUGCCAUUUGUGAAUAUCCCACCUCAUAUUACCUCUGAGCAUCUCCGCAGUCAGCAGCCGUUUUUCUGGACGUGUAUUAUGGCUGUGCUUACCCCAGGUACACUGGAGAGUGAAGGUACAUUUAAGAAGAUUACCGAUUAUAUUCAACAGAGGCUUAUGGCGGAGGCUGCACCGAGUAUGGAUCUGCUUCUUGGGGUUAUGACGUUUAUAUCAUGGGUUACAUAUGCCAAACGGCCGUUCCUUAACUUCUACGCACACAUACUCAUUGGUAUCGUCUCCGACCUUGGCAUUAACAAGAGCGUUCCAAAUGAAUAUUCGACCAUGCAAGCAUUUAAGUGUGCUAUUGGCUGGAGGCCAAAUCCGCCUACAGCAAGAACGCUGGAGGAGCGUAGGGCUGUGAUGGGAUGCUUUCUGAUCACAUCAAGCGUUGCUUUGUCGAUGUUCAAGAUCGAUGCUUUACGUUGGACCCCACACAUGGAAGAAAGUCUUUCGGUACUCGCCGAGGCCAAAGACUGCAAGGAAGAUCAACUCUUGGUCACACUCGUUAAGAUUCAGCUAGUGAUAGACCGAGUUUAUCAUGCCCGCCGGGACGGCGAUUCCCUUAACCCACUGGCCUUUUAUCUGAACUCCUUCCAAACCCAGUUGGAAUGCGUGAAGAGCCAGAUUCCAGUCCAUCUACAGAAAGACAAAGCUGUACUCAUGUACCUAAGCCACGCCGACCUAACCAUAAACGAAAUAUCCAUCGUCCUCCCAGCAGUCCCAAACGCCCCAGACCUUAAACGCCUCGACAGCCUCUACAUCUCCCUAAACGCAACAAAAGCCUGGCUGGACCUCUGGCUAAGCAUCCUACCAAAGCACUACACCGUCAUCUCUUUCGUCAUGUUCUUCCAAUUCACCCGCGCAAUCGUCAACCUAUACAAACUCUCCAUCCUGGAAGACCCAGCCUGGGACAGGACCAUGGUCCGUAAUACCGCCAAUCUUAUCUCAUACCUGGAAAGCAUUGAAGCAAAGCUCAAGGCGGGUGUUGAUCAUAUCCCUACAGUUAAAGGGUCGGAUAUGAAUAUCCUUGAAAAGGGAUUGAAGAUGGUGCAGGGGUUGAAACAGGGCUGGGAACCUAAGUUGAAUGAAGUUUGGUACGAUGCCCCUAUAAACCAGGGGAUUUUGCAGGCUGGUAUGGGUGUGGCAACGCCUAAUGGGCUUGUUCCUGAGGGUCUGCAGUUUAAUGGAUUUGAUGAUUCUUGGAUGAUGGAGAUUUUGGGAUCGCUUUGA